AUGACCUCUGUUCGAUCGGUGAACGGCGAUAAGAAGCAGAUGCCCGGUCCCGAAUAUCUCCUACCGCAAGGUCAGGCCAGAGACAAGAUCAUUGCCCCCUCGCAAAUGAGCGCCAAGUGGCGUGCGGAAUACGGAUCCAUUUAUCAAGUUUGGAACGGCGUGUGGCCUGAAAUCGUCAUCACCGAUCCCAAAGACGUUAAGGCUUGGUUCUCUGGAAAAGGCGAGCACAGCAAGUUUUCCUUUACCCCCUCCGGCGCGCUGUUCAAUUACGCAAUGGGCCACGCGGUCGGACUGAUCAACGGCCACGACUGGAAGGCCUUGCGAAAGCUGCUGGACCCCUACGUUAACUUCUCGAAUUCGGCGAAGCUCACGCCUUUGAUUUUCCAGCGCGCCAUGGACCACGUGAAGUAUGUCCCUGCGCAAACUCUCGCGCCCAAUAAGGAGAAGAUCAUCGUAAACGCCUAUCGCGCGGUGCAGCCGUACCCAUUCUUCACGCAGAUGGAGGCUUUCUAUGGACCGCUCACCCAAGCCCAGAAGGAGGAGGUCUGGGCAAUUGGCCAGAUGUUCUUGGUCUUGUCGACCUGGGUGGUGGAGCAGGGACUCACUCGCAGCCGACUGCUCAAAUACUUUUACUCGAUCAAAGCUUGGACCUUGAUCCGCCAGUUCGACCAGCGCUGGCGCACCUUCAACCGCGAGAUCGUGGACCAGAAGCGCGCCCAGACCGAUUUGCCCAUUAUCUGCCUGUGGGCUAAUGUCGAGAAUGGCGAGAUAACCGAGGACCAACUCAUCCAUACCUUCACCGAGUCCAUCUUCGCGAACCUGGACGUCACUACUUCCGUGAUUACGGGCUGUAUCCUGCACAUCGCGGAGAACAAGCGCAUCCAGAAGAAGCUCCAGAUGGAGAUCGAUGACCACCGGGAUGAUCUGGCGGGGUAUAUCAAGCGUCAGGAUACCUUCCUGCACUGGUGUUUCCUUGAGUCUAUUCGUCUGGAGCCUAUCCCUGCCUUCUCCCUCGCAGGCCGUUGCACAGAAGACAAAAUCUUGGGGGGCUACCACAUCCCCGUCAAUACGAGUGUCGUGAUUGAUGCCUACUCUAUCAAUAUCAACAACCCUUACUGGGGCCCAGACGCUAGAUAUUACUGCCCCGAGCGCUUUGAUGGCCUCAGCCCCCGCGACCUGAAGUAUAACCUGUCGACCUUCGGGUAUGGCUCCCGCAAGUGUCUGGGAGUCCACCUCGGCGGCAAGAUGGUGCGCAGCAUCGUGACGGCAUUGUUCAACCAGUACGACAUCAACCUUGAGGGUCAAGCCAAGGAGGGCGACCGGUAUAAGACGGAUAAGUCGAGUUUCUUUGCCAAGUAUCUGGCAGACGUUGAGAUGACACCGAGGACAUUAUGA